AUGUUGGAAAAAGUUGCACAAGUCUCACAGUUCAAGAAUAUCCUGCGAGAAUUUCCCAAGAACACGAAAUUUUGCUUUGCUUAUGGUUCUGGUGUGUUCAAACAGAAAAGCGAUCCAGCUAGUAACAUGCUGGACCUUAUAUUUUGUGUCCGUAAUCCUUAUCAAUGGCAUGCUGAGAAUAUGUCCAAGAAUCCUGAUCAUUAUGCUCAGCCAAUGAAAUUUCUAGGACACAAAGCUGUUUCAAAAGUACAGGAGCACUGGGGUGCUAAAAUUUAUUACAAUACUUUGAUCACAACCACUGAAGGAAGGAAUAUUAAGUACGGAGUAAUCUCAGAAAUAUCUUUGGUCGAAGAUUUGCUUGACUGGAAUGUGCUAUAUUUAGCUGGCAGAUUACAUAAACCUGUAGAAAUUAUAGUGGAACCAGAUGAGAAUUCACAAAUAAGGACUGCUUUGAGGUAG